AAAAAGAAGAUGGGUAGACUAGUAGAGUAUAUACUGUUACUUCUAUCAGUUGUACUAGUAAUAUCUACAUUGACUGGAUCUGCUAACAAUUACUACAAUGAGGAACCAAUUAAAUUCACAGAUUGUUCUGUGACUAAGAAAUUUGCUGAACUCACUAAUGCAUCAUUGACUCCAUAUCCCCUAAUUCGUGGGAGAAGGUUUCAUUGGAAAGCAAAAAUACACAUAAAGAAAACAAUAAAAUGGGCCAUUUUGCAUCUCACAUUGAAAACAAGUUUCAAGAAUUUUACUAAUAUUACUUUUGUUGAUGAAAAAUUUAAUUUCUGUGAUUUGUGCGUACAAUAUAUCAAGGAAUACUGCCCAAUACAGCCUGGAAUAUAUAACUAUCGGUACAGUGAUACACCUUCACACCUUUUGUGGCCUGGACAGUAUAACUUUAAAGUCACUGUUUACAACCAGGAGGGGGAACAAAUCUUUUGUGGAACAAAGGAAGUUAAACUAAACUAGU